AUGCAGGUAAAUCUAUGAUUAAAAUAUUAACAAAAAAUGGGAUGAAAAAUACGCUAAUACAAUGAACAUGGUCAAAACAAUUGUUCAAAGACUGAUGAUCAUCGUCAAAUCAAUUUGGAUAUUAAAUACAACUAGAUAAUAACUAUUAAAUUUAUUGAAUAAAUAAAUAAAUAAAUAAAUAAUGACAGAGAUAAAGGAAGAGGGUGCAUCACCCAAACUGACGGAAGAAAUCUUAAGAGGAAUACAAUUGUAUUAUACACCAAUAUUGGUAUACCUGGGUUCAUUUGGCAACUGUCUUUCUGUAUAUGUAUUUUUUGGAACAAAGUUACGUCAAAAUUCAUCGAGCAUUUAUUUAGGAGCAUUGGCCAUAAGUGAUACAGGAUUUUUAAUAUCACUAUUCGUGGUAUGGCUGGAUAUGGUGGAUAUUGGUAUUUUUAACAUGCAAGGAUUGUGCCAAUUUUUCAUCUAUUUUACAACAGUUUGUAGCUUUUUAAGCGUAUGGUUUGUCGUGGCGUUUACAGUAGAAAGAUGUAUAGCCGUACAAUAUCCAUUUUUACGUCAAUCAAUGUGUACAGUUGCUAGAGCAAAAAAAGUAGUCACAGGAUUGACAAUACUUGGUAUAAUAUUGUGCAGUCCAGUAUUAUUAUUUUCAAGUCCACGUUUGAGUAUGUCACAUAACAAAAAUGUAACACGUUGUCUCGUCGCUGAAGGUUUGGAAUUAUCAUCGAGCAUUUUUAAUUCGAUCGAUGCGAUAUUAACUUUUGUCCUACCAUUUACAUUGAUCGUAGUAUUGAAUAUAUUUAUCGCACGUGGCAUCUACAAACUAGCAAAAGUUAGAAGAACAUUGACAUCCGAAUCGAGGAAUUCACAGGAACAAGUGUCAUGCUCGCAAAGUCCAAGAAAUACAUUAGCUCAAAGUAAAAUCACGAAAAUGCUCUUAACCGUAUCUACCAUUUUUCUUUGUCUCAAUCUUCCAGCUUACGGUAUCAGAGCUUAUGCUUUUCUAUAUCCAGACAACAAUCCACCGCGAUUGGUUGAAAUGAUACAGCCAAUAUGCAACAUGUUGUUUAACACCAAUUUUGGAAUAAAUUUUAUUCUUUAUUGUGCAACCGGACAAAAUUUUCGCAGAGCUAUGAUUCACAUGUUUUCAUGUAAAUCACGAAGAAAUAAUGAUACUACCGGACAAAUUUCUAAUCGUAAUGGAUUAGUUCCUAAUAGUAGUUUAAUGAUUCGUCAACCAACAACUACAUUUAAUAAAUCAUUGAAAAGUCAUUACGAAUUGCAAAUAUUUUCUAAAGAAUUUCAAGAAGAUAUGGAAAAGGAUAAAGACUGAAAUAAAACAAAUAUAAUUAAGAGAUAACAACAACAACAACAACAACAACAAAAUGUACGUACCAGUUUCUGGUUCUGUGGCUGGCAAUGGUCCCACGUUACC